GCCGCCGCGCGCGCGCAGACUCCGCGCACAGCGCAUGAUCGCGAAAAAAAAAACACGUGCAUUACAGUGAUUCGAAAUACGAACGAAAUUUUGUGACCAUAACGAAUCUAUUGCUUUUUUGUGUGGUGUUCUCCUAUUUUGAAUUAGAUCGCGAGAAGACUUGAGGUGAGAAUCAUCAAGCUGCGAAACAGAAUAAGAUAAAUUGGCGAGUCAUCGUUCUAUUUGACUGGAUCUGAACCUCAGGAAUUAUUGUGGUAAAAAAUGGAGUGUCCGAGCCUACUGAUUGCCCUGGUGCUUCUUUGCCUGGUGUUGCACGGAGACAGCGCCCCGAGGCGGUCCCGGGCCGCGAGCCUGCCGGAGCACACCUCCCCGCGACAGAGCAAGCUGCAGGACGAGUUCAAGGACACCACCACAACUGCCCCCGCCACACCCAAGAACCGUCGCAACAAGGCCCUCAAUCUCUUCGGCUACUUCCCCUCCUUCCUCUCGUCAGGCCUCGACUACUCCGAAGACGACGACGAUGACGUCACCUUCGCCGUGAACGACGACCACUUCGACGAAGACGACCUCUCUCGCACCAUCCCGUCCCGCCGCCGCCAACAGAACAAGAAGAAGAACGGCAACGGAGAGAGCUAUCAGAACGACAACAUCAACUCGCUGCAGUAUGACAACUCGCCGAUAUUCUACAUCAGGCUGCCCCCCACACCGUACAUGUUCGUCCCUGGUCUAGGCUACGUGUCGCAGCCCCCGAGUCUGGGCCCGCCCAUGUCCCCAAUGAUACCGCCCGGUGUACCUCCGCAAGUCGAUCCCUUCAUCAAUCUACCACUGGACUUCGUAUCCAACGGAAAACCUACUGGCGUGUACCAAUGGAACGGGCCGGGUGGCUACCCACCUCAGGUGCCGCAAAUACCGCAAGUUGACCCCUUCGGAUACGGCGCUCCUCAACAGAUAAUGCAGCAGCCUCAACGACCGAGCUACAACGCUCCCUCGUACUCCAAACCGAAGCCGAAACCCUCUCCGACCAACUCUAAAGUAACCAACCUUAAGGGCCAGUACGUCUUCAACGGCAAGCCAAACGACAGCGUCUACGUAUUGAGGGACACCUACAACUCCAUAUACUCCGACGCCCUACAGAACUUCUACCCUUAAAGCACCGUACGUUAAGUCUAGGAAACGAAUGGUCGAGUGACUGGCUCGUAUCGAGCUGCUAGGUAAAUAGGUAUUCGAAAUGAACAAACGAAACGUGUGGAAUCAAUACAAAAUAAAGUGUCGAUAAAAAGAAAGUAGCGAACAGAUAAUAAUGAAAGCUAGUUACUUAGGAGAGUGACCGCAGACAGAUUGUAGGUGCCUGCUCAGUCACGAUUUCUUAAAUUAGGUUUAUGUUGCGAACCAAUUACAGAGACGACAGUAGAAAGGGUGUGGCGGAAAAAUACCGUAUCUUGCGCUGCAGUAGCUACUUAAUGCAGUCUGUACGUUGGUAUAAGGUUUACUUUUUCAAGGCCAAUAGGUGUUCUCCACUCAAUUAUAUAGAUAACUUUCAAAUAAAUGAAUAUGUUUUAUACCUUCCCCAUAUUACUUUCAAUCCAAACAGUAUACUACAUAAUAAUUAUUUUAUUUUUAAUCUGAAAUGUAAAUACAGUGCUAACCAUGAUUUCAAGUCCCAACUUUGCUUGCUUUACAGGCUAUAACAAUGUUUCAAAUAUUUUUUACAUUCUUAAUUUUAGUUAAUUUACACUUUUAUGCAAUUGUAUUUGCUCUGACUGUACACCCCAUUUGCUAAAUUCCGUUUAGUAGUUUGGUUAUAUUGGAACAGACGUAAAUGCUUCACAAUACAUAGUGAAACACAUAACCCUCCUAUUUGCUUUGCCGUAGUCGGAUAACUAGACCAGAGAGUUAAAGUUAGUAUCUGCGAGUUUUCUAGAAUACCAUACCUACAUUACUUACCUAUACUUAUAUAACAUUAUUUGCCGACUGUUAUUACCAGUGAUGUGCUGUUCAAGGAAAUAUUCCCACUUCGAGAACGUUCCAAGCAGUAAAAAGAGCAAAACAUAAUGUGAAAAGAGGAAAAAGAAGAAAAAAAUUAUUACCUAACUUUUAGGCAGAUAAGACCAGAGAAUAAGAAAUAACAAUUUAAAAAAGAAAAGCAGCCAGUGUCCUUACUAUUAAAGAUUAUUAACAACGGGAACAUUCCUACUUUGUUAACAAUCCCGGAAACGGCACAUCAGUGGUUAUUACCUACGUUAAAUACCUAUUGUCUUUUUUUUCGUACAUUUUUUUAUUGUAAAUUAUAGGCACUUUAUUGUAGACAAAAUAAGAACUCAGCUAAAGUGUCAACUAGACGAUGGAACAUCACUUUGUUCGUAGUAAGUAGAUUCUAAUUCAAUCCGCAUUUAUUGGGUUAAAUCAAAGUAACAUAUUGUACUAUAUAGGUACCUAUUUUAAAGGUAUCAAUGGGUUAAAUACCUUUAAAAUAGGUAACCAAUUAUCAUAAACUGUUACAUUAACUUGCAGAUAAAUCUACUUGCAGAAUUAAUUAAGUAUACUUACCUACGUACCUAUUAGUGAUGUUCCGAAUAUCCGUAUCCGUAUCCGCGGAUAUCCGAGAUAAAAGAAAAAUCCGUAUCCGUUACUUUUCACGCGGAUCUUUUAAGGAUCUUUUUCAGGUGAUUAAGUAGAAUUAUGAAAUAAAAAUCUAUAUGGUCUUAAGGCCCAAAGUCCUUUUAAAAUCCAAAUCCCAUUGUUUAACUAUUGUGUCUGGAAAUCCGGGCCUUACGAGGAUAUAAUUCCACUCAGAUUGUUUUUAUUUCUUAAAAUCAAAUAUUUGGCACCUUUAUAUUGCAAAAAAUUAGAUAGAUAGAUCUUUAUAAUGAAAGCAAGAUAAAAUAUCACUUUUAUAACAAUCAAAUAACUAAAACUUUAAUCUUUUUUUUUUAAGAAAAUAAGGAUCCGUAUCCGUAUCCGCGGAUCUUUACACUAAAUAUCCGUAUUCAGAUCCGUAUCCGCGGAUAUACAUUUUUAACGAUCCGGCACAUCACUAGUACCUAUAUCUAACUUUUGUAUUAUGCCUACUACAAUCCCGUAUCUUAGUUCAGAACAAUGAGAGACUUUCCAUACGUUCACCAAAAACAAUACAAAUAGUUAAACAACCCCCGUGGUCCAGUGGUUGAGCGUUCGGCUCACGAUCCGGAGGUCCCGGGUUCGAUUCCCGGUGGGGACAUAUCACAAAAAUCACUUUGUGAUCCCCAGUUUGGUUAGGACAUUACUGGCUGAUCACCUGAUUGUCCGAAAGUAAGAUGAUCCGUGCUUCGGAUAACGUUAAGCCGUUGGUCCCGGUUACUACUCACUGAUGAAAGUAUGUAGUCGUUACAUGAGCCAUGUCAGGGGCCUUUGGCGGCUCAAUAAUAACCCUGACACCAGAGUUGAUGAGGUUGGUAUUCCACCUCGCAACCCACACGAUAAGAAGAAGAAUAGUUAAACGAAGGAAAAUCUGUACAGCGCCAUCUAUUUUAUUUGGAGGGACGUAGCCUGAAAAGUCCCUCAUUAAAUGUUCAUAAAGCAAUUUAGACAUAGGUACUACUAAGGUAGAUAUAGGUAAUUUUAGUUAGUCUAUGGUGCUAAUUCCUGUAAAUACCAUCUAAUUUUAUUUUAAGUUAUAUCUGUCAUUUUCUUAUCCGCCGAAAAGGAAAGGGACGGGUAAUCGACAAGCAUAAAAUUUAUGGAACACACGUCAAUUUUAAGCACGAAUCUAAAACAACCGUCUAAAAAUUUUACAUUGGCCAAUAACCCGACACAGUUAGUAGACAGCAUGUCAAACGGAUUGCAUACCAGUGACGUACCUUUUUGAUUCGCUCGGGUUAUUCAUUCAUUUACUCAUUCUUCCUAAAAUUAAGAGCUGUGAAUCAUCCGUCCCUUUCCUUUUCGACGGAUAUGAAACUGACGGAUAUAACUUAAAAUAAAAUUAGGCGGUGUCUGCAGGAAUCGGGGCCAAUGUUUUAUUAAACUCAGUGAUUUUAUCCAUUUUGUGACUUAAGUUUAAUGCAUUUUGAGUCAAUUUUAAUAUUAAGUCUUUAUAACUAAUCGUAACUAAAUUAUUACUCUUAAUAUUUAUUUUAUAUAUUAAUUUAUUGUAAUUUAGUAAAUAAGAAUAUUCUUACGUACAAAUCUACUAAAAAUAAUAUCUUCUAUCCGUCCAUGGUGUUUAAAAAAAUAGAAGAAGGUACAGCUUAUACUUAGGUAUUUUUAAAAAAAUGUCACGGUUUCUAAAAAAACAUACUUACCAGAAAGAAAUUCUUAACUGAAUAUUUUUAAUUGAAUAUUUCUUAACUAAAUAAUUCUUACUGUUUUCCUAAGUUUAUACUUACAUAAAUAAGUAAGUACUUAAACCGUAAAUGUUUGCGUAAUGUUCAUCAAAUUUCAAACUUUUGAUUAUAACUAAUUACUUACUAGUAAUUUUCUUUUUAUAGGUACUUGAAUAGCAAAUCGAACAAGUAGUUAACUUGUCAGAGUUAUUUUUAUAACAUUUAUAAGUUAGUUUAUUUAAUUAUUAAGGCAUUACUUGCCAGUCUUACCGAAAUAGGUGAUCUGUUAUGAAAGAGCUUCCUUUUUGUAAUUAGUAAAUACUAAAUAGGUUAAUAAAAAUAUUUUCUACCUUUUACUAGAAAUAUAAAUAAUCUCGUCAAAACUAUAAUUUCGAGAUAGUUAUGAGGCAAGUCAGUUUCAUAGUGUUUUUUUUUUAUAUUAGAAGUAGCAACAUACUUAUCUUAAGAAGAAAAUCUAAUAAACAUGCAAAUGCAGCAAUUAUAUCUACUGCUAGAGUGAAAAUGACGGUUGAACUGAUUGAAAUAAACGCUAUUUUUGA